GGUGUUCCUAGUACUGCUUGGCAGGAGUUUGAUAAAAUGCUUCAAUGAAGUAUUUUGUGUUUGAAGAACAAAACUGUUACCAGUCACCAAUUGGCUAGUGGGAGUUCUCCUUACUCUUGUUCCAAGUUUAAUGCUCACCGAUGGGUUACCUAUGGAAGUAAAAUGUCUUCAUAUUCGAUCAACAAAGAUUCGUCUUAACGCAAAAGAGGAAAUUUAUCUUUUCCAGGUGAAGUAUGUGUUGCCUGAGGCGCUUUUGGUUUGUCAGUUUGAGUCUUGGGGUAUUGAUUUUGUCCGAUUUCUUCAAGACGUUUUUAAGCCAGCAACUGAAUGGUUUAGCCAAGCAAUUGUUACAGGUUAUUUUAGAUUUUUAAGGAUGGGUUUCUUCUUAUAUAAACCCAGUUCUGCAUCUGUGUUGUAUGGGAAUCUUGCUAUUCGAGAAGAAGAAAAGAAGUUACACCCCAAUAGUGCCAAGAUUGUUCUCAACUCCUUGUUUCUUGCUCAAUAUGAAUCUGAUUAUGAUACUCGACCGUGGAGUUGGUAUGGUGCUGUUUAUAAAUAUCUUUAUUUUGAGUAUGGUCGGCCAUUGUUCAAUCCUCGAAAGGAUUUCGAAUUCUGUAAAUGGAGUUUCUGUUUGGUCAAAUGUGAUUUCACAAUUGAGAAUAUUUAUGCCUGCAUAAAAUGGUGGGAUGAGCAUGAUAUGGAAUUGGUUAAUUUGUUUGUUUUCAAACUGAGGUACUCUUUAGAAUUUCUGUUUGACGGCUCGAUUGUAUUUGUGCUACAGAAAUGGGUAGAGAUUCUGAAUGUUGGCAAGUGGUGCAAUGAAAUUCUACAACAACUUACUGUUUUCCGUAGUAAUUUGAUUGUGCAGAAGAGAAGGGGGAGUGGGUCAAGACAAGAGCCGGUUGAUCAAGGGGUGGGUAGAUGUAUCAGUUUUCUUGCCCCAAGAGAUAAUUUUCAGAAGAGUUUUGUUACAGCUAGUUCAAACUCAAUCCAGAGGCGACUGAAUGGUGCAGGUGUGAAGGUUCAUAGAUUAUUUCACAUGGUUAUGAAUAGUGGAACAGUUGGUGCUGCUAGAGUUUUUAAGAAUACAAAUGAACUGUUAGAUCAUGUGUUGCACAGUAGAAGAUGGAGUUUCAGUGGUGAUCUAGGUUCUUUAGUAUGGCUUCUGAAAUGUGGGUUCUUUAGUGGUCUGACAAUCCUAUGUAAAGAAUCAGUUAAGGUUGUAACUGACAAACAAGAGGGUGAUAGUUGUGUGCUUGCAAGGUUACUGGGACCUCAGUCAGUAUUUCGCAUUCCACAAAUGUUAAAGAUGGCAGCACUGUUGAGGUGGAAACUCAAGUUAGUGUCUACAGGUUGGUGGAGUGUGGGAAAUGAUAGCCUAGUGUUGCAGCCAGAGGUAGGGAAGAAAGAUGCAUUCCUCUUUAUAUCAGCUAACAAAGAAGGAGAUGAAACUAUUUUAAGGAUAAUGGGUUAUGUGCAUGUGCUCAUGAAACUAACAGUUGGGAUUGAACUUGAAGUGAUGAAGAUACUGGCAAGGGCGUUGUUAAUCUUAUCCCUACACUUGGUCAUUACUAUACUGUUCAGGGUACCCAGGAUAUUCAUUAUGCAUCUGAAAGAAAAUAUGAUGUUGAUUGAAAAGCUUGAAGCAGUUCAUCUAAUGGGAGAACAACCAUCUGGUAUACCCGGUAUGAGAAAAAUCAAGAUUUUUGUUGCUGCAGUAGUUCAGAAAAACAAUGGAGGGGAUUAUAUGGUGCUCAACAACCCGUUCUGUACAAGUUUAUGGAGCAAGGAAAAGAGUGGUGGUACUAUAUGGCUUCGCGUUGAGCUACCUGGAGCACCUGGUUACAUGAGAAAUUGUCGUUUGUUGUUCGAUAGAGGGAAACUUCUUGAGUCUAUUCCAACGUUCUUUCUCUCGGUAGUACACCAUUGUUAUUUUUCUCUCAGUAUCCACAAUUGUGGUUAUGUGAAAGUGUUUGGGCAGCUUCCUUGCCAGUUUGUGAGAGUUCAAGAGAUGGUCGAGAAGCUAUAUCAUCUCAUUCAAGCUAAGAUCGAGAACGAUGUGGCAAUACGUACGGAUAUGAACACAAACCGAGUCGAGGAUUCCAUUCUUAUUGAACCUGUUUUACUUGAGGAUGCGAACACAAGAGAGUUAGGUUCAUUGGUUGUUGGAUUUUGUUACAAUGAGGAAGAAAGAAAUAUUUCCCCUCAUGCUUUGGCUGAAACGGGGAAACAUGACAAUAGGGGCUCUAUCAAAAAAAAUGUUUUAAUCAGUAGUGUGGUUUGGUCUUGUCAUGGGUCUCUCUCCAGUACUCAAGCUAACUUUUUAUCUCAUAUCCUCGAGGGCAAGGAUAAUUUAAAGGGGUGGGUAUUUGUCACGUCCCAUGAAGUAGUUAUGGGCACCCAUUGGUUAAGGGCACCCUUAGUUGUAGAUAGUGCCUUGUAGUCUCACUUGUGUGAGUGGCACAUGUCUUGUAGUUGUUGCCCUAUUUAGUUUGGCAGAUGUAUUCUCAUGAGUGAGUUUAAUCGAAUAGAAAUUGUGUUGAUGUG